ACAAAUCGCACCAUCUUGGCAUUUUUCGUUAAGUUUUCUUGACAGCUCUUUCCAAUCGCGAUAAAUAUCCGAUACUAAGCUACAAUGGCAGAUGUUGAGAAGGCAACCAAACCCAGCAAAGCUGCCAAGGCACCUGUGGCGGCAAAACCUGAGAAGAAGGAGAAGGUACACACUUCCAGGCCUCGUCGUCCAGCACGUCUCUACGCCAAAGCCGUCUUCACUGGCUACAAGCGUGGUCUGAGGAAUCAACACGAGAAUCAGGUUAUCCUGAAGAUUGAGGGAUGCCGGCGGAAGGAGGAUGGGCGCUUCUACAUUGGCAAACGCUGUGUGUACGUGUACAGAGCCAAGACGCGCCAGAGUCUGCCCCAGAGACCCAAGGAGAAGACCAAGAUGCGCGCUGUCUGGGGGAAAGUGACACGACUGCACGGAAACACCGGAUGUGUUCGUGCUAAAUUCCGCAGGAACCUUCCCGGUCACGCCAUGGGACACCGCAUUCGCAUUAUGUUGUACCCAUCCACAAUUUAAGUUUCUAUAACUUAAUAAAAAACAACUUUCUUGAAUGAAAAAAAAAA